AUGUCAGGCGUGAACCUUAGACGAAACGUUGAAGCUGCUUUAGUAGAGAGUGGCGUUUCAGAGAACUGUAACAUUUACAACUUAGCUGGAAAGAUGACUACAUUCCUUGUUGAUUCGAGAAGUGAGAAUACCUGUAAAAAGUACUAUUCAAGUUUUAAUAGAUGGAAGAAAUUCGCAAUCGAAAACAGUUUAAAUGAAUUGCCUGCCGAGCCUGUUCAUGUAGCUCUUUACAUUACAAAAUUGAUAGAUGAACAAUGUUCUCCAAGUGUUGUAAAUUCAGCUGUAUAUUCAAUCAAAUGGGCCCAUGAUAUUAACGGUUUUAAUGAUCCGACAGAAAAUUCAUUUGUAAAAUAUCUUUUAGAAUCCGCCAAAAGACGUAAUGGAAGGCCUGUAAACAAAAAGGAUUCAGUUAACAAUGACAUGUUGAUUGAUUUAUGCUCUAUGUACACAGAUAGUUCAGAUUUACUUAUAGUUAGGGAUCUCACUAUGAUUUUGUUGUCUUAUUCGGGUUUUCUUAGGUUCGAUGAGAUUAGUAAAUUAAGAUGCAAAGAUGUUAGUAUUUUCGAAGAUCAUUUAAAACUUUUUAUUUCUCAUAGCAAAACGGAUCAAUACAGACAAGGGAAUGAAAUUCUUAUUUCUAAAGGUAUUUCUAUCGCUUGUCCAGUUAACAUGUAUUUAAGAUAUUUGUCUUUAGCUGGUUUGGACGCACAAUCUGAACAAUUCAUAUUUAAACCUAUAUUUAGAUCCAAAGGCGUAGCCAAACUUAUAUAUAAGAAUAAAUCUAUUAGCUACACUGCAGCUAAAGAAAACAUUGUAAAGAGACUUAAGCAGGUAGCCCCAAGUCUAAAUCUUGGUCUUCAUUCUUUACGAUCGGGUGGUGCAACUGCAGCUGCUAAGUCUAAUGUAAAUGAAAGAUGCAUAAAGCGACAUGGGAGAUGGAAGACAGAUUUUUCCAAAGAUGGUUAUAUCGAAGAUACUUUAGAAAAGAGAAUUUCAGUCUCACAAAAAUUGGGUCUUUGA